CAUAACGGUCUCCGCAAUGAAAUGGAAGGGUUUAUUAAGACGUACAAUACUGUCGCAGAAUUGAUGCUUCAGCAUAGUGCUUUGGCUUUCAACCAUGGCGUGGAGGAGGUUUUCAUAGGUGUUGUCAAUGGCGGAACGAUUUACGUUGUUCCGUAUAUUCAAUGUGGUGAUCCCAUACCUAUGACAAAAAUCGUUCACCAGGAAUUGACCACGUACACCAAAGUCACACCUUCAGAAUCCCCGACCUGGAUAGAACUCAGGGCCGCUAGUGGUGAUCAGGCAUGUACCUGGCGCUCCGCUUUUGCAGGUGGAGGACCCCUAACAAAUCAUGCAUUGCAACAACUUGCUGGACUUGGCCUCGAUAAAUUGGGGUUGUACAACACUUAUGGUCCCUCGAAGAUUUCCAUUUCUUCUCAAACGCAGAUU